AUGAUGAGCAGCGCCUCCACAAGGCGUGGUGGGGCGCCAGCGACAUCUCGCGCCGGACAUCCUGCGAGGUCCAACACCAGCGGCAACGCGAACACUAGCGGGGAGCGACCCCAGCGUCCCCGCGCGCCAGGGCACGUGGAGAAGACGACCUCACGAGCAGGCACGGCGCCCCAGGCCGAGGAGCCAGAGAAAGUCAAGUACACGGUGAUCAUCACGAACGUUGAAAACGACUUUGGCAAGUUGCACAAAGCCUGCCUGCCCUACUACUGCGGCCUGCGUAGCGACUACGAGGAAACGCUGGAUGUGGAGCGGCUUAUUCACGAGGGCGGACCGCAGUCGCGGCGCCUGAUCGGUGCGGUGCGUGGUUGCAGCUACGCGGUUCGCUGCCGCACCGAGACCCGCUCAGCCGAAAUUAGCCUCUACGGGCCGGCCAACGCCGACUUCUCACCGAUGCAGCUAAACAAAACCUCUCGGCGGCCGCCAACGCCAGCGGGAAGCGCCAAGUCAGUGGCGGCGCCGACAUCCUCCUCGUCAGCGAAGCCAGGGCCAAAGAAGGCAACUGUCCCUGCCGAGGAUAUGUCGGAGGGGGCGGCGGUGGCGAACGUCGGCGCAGUUGAGCAGCUGGCCCUGCGACUGCGGCAGCAGCACUACUUCGAGGAAAAAGUGCCCGUGAGGGUGCACCUUCCUGGACGAACAGCAGACGAAGUACUGGUGCGCGUCAAAAAGGGUCCUGCUCCGAGCGGCACGGACGGCUUGGGUGACACUACUGUAAAGAGCGAGGAGCGUGUAGAAGCACAAGAAGAUGCGGACGUGCACGGCAGCGGCGUCACUCCGCUGGUGUUGCCUGCCUCUGGUGAGAAGCGGCAGCGCGUCUACGCAGAGGACAACAACAAUGACGCCUCAUCUCCUCAGCGAGUGAAAAGGGAGGCGCCUGAGGACGACGAGGGGCGCAGGGACGAGGAUGACGCCACGGCACACAAAAAUGGUGAGACGGCAGCAGACGAUGUGAAUCAAAGUACCAACUGCAGUGGCAGGUGGUCCAAGCAGCUGAAGAAGUCGGUGCCCGCCACAAUCAUUACGCAAUUCCCGCGUCGCCAGAAGGAUUUCGUGACGGCGGUGGCGGCGCUCUCGUGCCGGGUACCGCUGCAGCGCGUGCGCAGCUGUCUGCGCGACCUUCCCGGCUACCUGUCCUGUUGGUGUCUCUAUGAGCAACACCUCCGCGUCGUCUUCCGCGACGCCGAGUCGCUCUUCAAGGCGAAGCAGCUGCUGGACCAGUUCGAGCUGGAGCCCGGCCUGCGUGUUUCUCUCAUCUUCUCCGACCCGCUCUCCCGCGCCAACACCGAGUUUGUGCGCGCGCAGGAGAUGGAAAACGCGAGCGAGUAA